GCGAGGCGAGGCGCAGCGCAGCGCCGGCAGGAGGGCGAUGGUGGUGGCGUGAGGCGCGGCGGGACCUGGGCUCGCAGCCCGGCCGGCGGGGCGAGGAGAGGAGAAGCAGCGUGUGCCCGAGGCUCGCCAUGAGGCUGCAGGAGGACGGGGGCAAGCGCGGGGCGCUGCCGCCGGCGGGGCUGCCGCGGUAAUGGGCAGCGGCAGCGCUGCCUCUCGCCUGCCGUGUGGUGCCAGCGCGCGCGCCCGCCCGGCGGACCGCCCGCGAGGAGCCGGGGGCAGUUCUGCAGUCUCCACAUCAUCUGCCAUGUGAGGAAUGAUGAUUCCAUGAGAGAACUUCCUUCCAAUUACCUGUCUGCUCCUGUUGCAUACUGCUCCUGGCCAGUGAUGAGCCAUUCGGCUAGACCUGGAUUUACCGUGAAGAAGGGAGAGGCAGAAUAUGAAUUGUAGACAUCCCAUCAACUUCUCUGCACACUAUUUUUAGUGUGUCUGUAUAUAAAUCUUCUAGCAUUGAGCACACAUACUCUUAAACCAACGUUGGUAUUCACAGAGUUGCCGCUGUGUAAAAGGACUGGUAUUUCUCACCAUAAUGGCUUCAGUUUGGAAAAGACUGCAGCGUGUUGGGAAACAUGCAUCCAAGUUCCAGUUUGUGGCUUCUUACCAGGAGUUGAUGGUUGAGUGCACCAAAAAAUGGCAGCCAGACAAACUAGUGGUGGUUUGGACAAGAAGAAGCCGAAGAAAAUCCUCUAAGGCUCAUAGCUGGCAGCCUGGAAUCAAGAACCCAUACCGUGGGGUGGUGGUAUGGCCUGUUCCUGAAAAUGUUGAAAUUACUGUGACGCUCUUUAAGGAUCCCCAUGCUGAGGAGUUCGAAGACAAAGAAUGGACGUUUGUCAUAGAGAAUGAAUCUCCCUCUGGACGCAGAAAAGCUCUUGCCACCAGCAGCAUCAACAUGAAGCAAUAUGCAAGCCCCAUGCCUACACAGACAGAUGUCAAGUUAAAAUUCAAGCCUUUGUCUAAGAAAGUGGUAUCUGCCACACUACAGUUCUCUUUAUCUUGUAUUUUCCUGAGGGAAGGAAAAGCCACGGAUGAAGAUAUGCAAAGCCUGGCUAGUUUGAUGAGUAUGAAACAAGCUGAUAUUGGAAAUCUAGAUGAUUUUGAGGAAGACAAUGAAGACGAUGAAGAAAACAGAGUGAAUCAAGAGGAAAAGGCUGCAAAAAUUACAGAACUUAUCAAUAAGCUUAAUUUUCUGGAUGAAGAGGAGCAAGACCUGGCCAACUCCAGUACAAACCCUUUUGGUGAUCCUGACACAGCAGAAUUAAAUCCUUUUGGAGACCCUGAUGUAGAAGAACCGAACACUGAAAUAGCUUCAUCUUCAAAGCCAGAAGAAAGUUUCUAUGCUGACAAUUACAAUCCCUUCAAGGAUGAAGAUGCCCCAGAGUACUUGAACCCAUUUGAUGAGCCAGAUCCUGAGCCUGAGACAUUUGUAACUGUAAGAGAUUCUCCUCCACAACCUGCAAAAAGGAAAAACAUCAGACCAGUGGAUAUGAGCAAAUACCUCUAUGCAGAUACCUCUAAAGCCGAAGAGGAAGAGCUAGAUGAAUCAAAUCCAUUUUAUGAACCAAAACCAAGCCCUGCUUUAAUUAAAGUUACUCCGCUGCAAGAACCAGAAAAGAAGAUGAAAAGGAAGGCUCCUGAACCACCGAACGUCUUGCCAAAGGCAGAGACAGGCAUGAGUGAGAACACGUCAGCUAUUCCUGCAUCGAGAGAGCUUUCUUCUUCUCCUAAGCCAAGCCCCAUACCAAGUCCUGUUUUGGGGAGAAAGCCAAACGCCAGUCAGUCACUGCUUGUGUGGUGCAAAGAAGUGACAAAAAACUAUAGGGGAGUGAAAAUCACCAAUUUUACUACAUCGUGGAGAAACGGUUUAUCCUUUUGUGCAAUAUUACAUCACUUUAGACCAGACCUAAUUGACUACAAGUCCCUGAAUCCUCAAGAUAUUAAAGAGAACAACAAAAAGGCCUAUGAUGGAUUUGCCAGUUUAGGAAUAUCACGAUUACUGGAACCUUCUGACAUGGUUUUGUUAGCGAUACCUGACAAACUGACUGUUAUGACCUAUCUGUAUCAAAUAAGGGCACAUUUCUGUGGCCAGGAAUUAAACGUGGUUCAGAUAGAGGAGAACAGUAGUAAAAGCACAUAUAAAGUGGGUAACUAUGAAACGGACACAAACAGCUCUGUUGACCAGGAAAAAUUCUAUGCAGAGCUGAAUGACCUGAACCGGGAGCCCGAGCUGCAUCCACCAGACACUGGUCUGGCAGACUUUGCUUCUCAGGACGACUCUGUGUUUGUAAAUGACAGUGGUGUUGGCGAAUCUGAGAGCGAACAUCAGACUCCCGAUGAUCAUUUAAGCCCAAGCACAGCUUCCCCUUCUUCUCGCAGGACUCAAAGCGAUACUGAUGCACAGAAAUCCCAGCAGAGCUCUGGAAGGACUUCUGCAUCUGAAGAUGUUGGGAAGUGUGGCAGUACAGAUACCACACAAGCGCAACCUACCUUGGGAAGGAAGAAAUUGCUGAUAGCUGACACUUUAGACUUGAGUGAUUUGGCACAUGUCAGCGAUCAAAAAGAGGAUGUGUCUCCCACACUUGUUUGUGAAGAUAAUGACAAGAAGAGACACCAAAGCUUAGACAGUACCAUUGGUUUCUCAGAGCAAGAAAAGCUGGGACAUACAGGAUCCACAGAGAGCACAAGAGCAGAUCCCAUUUCACCUGUCAUAAAGCCGAGUUUAUCUCCUACUUCUCAGCUUGGAUACUCCUAUAAUAAGGAUACGGAUCUUGCAAAGAAACCUCACACUUCUCCAAGGCAAACAGAAUCUGAUUCUGACAAUGAUGCCAGAACGGCUUUAAAUCAUGCAGAUCAAACUGCGAAAACAGCACAGCAACGUAUAUUGUCAAGACAGGAAGAACUUAAAGAAAGAGCAAGAGUUCUGCUUGAGCAAGCAAGAAGAGAUGCAGCUUUAAAGGCAGGGAAUAAGCAACUAACCAAUACAAUCAUCCCAGCCCGUAAUAAGCAACUGAAUGAUCAGCAAGAUGAAGAGCGGCGUCGGCAGCUGAGAGAGAGAGCUCGUCAGCUAAUAGCAGAAGCUCGAUCUGGAGUGAAGAUGUCAGAACUUCCUAGCUACAGUGAAAUGGCUGCAGAAAAGUUGAAAGAAAGGUCAAAGGCAUCUGGAGAUGAGGAUGAGGAUGAUGAUAAUAUUGAGAUAGAUACUAACGAGGAGGUUCCUGAAUGCUCUGUUACUGGAGGUGGAGAUGAGCUUACUAACCUAGAAAAUGACCUUGAUUCAACGGCAGAACAAAACAGUAAGUUGGUGGAUUUGAAGCUGAAGAAGCUCCUAGAAGCUCAGCCACAGGUGGCAAAUUCACUCUCCAGUGCUGCUCAGAAAGCUGUAACCGAUAGCUCAGAGCAAGACAUUAAGCAGAAUGGAACAGAGGAACAUCAUGCUGAGCGAUUACAAAAAGCAGCAGAACGGUUUAGAAAUCCCGUUGUGUUCAGCAAGGACUCUACCGUCAGAAAAACUCAGCUCCAGUCUUUCAGUCAAUACGUGGAGAGCAGACCAGAGAUGAAAAGGCAGAGAUCAAUACAGGAAGAUACAAAGAGAGGAAAUGAGGAGAAGGCUGCGAUAACUGAGACUCAGAGGAAGCCAUCAGAAGAUGAAGUGCUUAAUAAAGGGUUCAAAGACACCAGUCAGUAUGUUGUAGGAGAAUUGGCAGCACUAGAGAAUGAGCAAAAGCAAAUUGACACCCGUGCCGCGCUGGUGGAGAAGCGCCUUCGCUAUCUCAUGGACACAGGAAGAAACACAGAAGAAGAAGAAGCUAUGAUGCAGGAAUGGUUCAUGCUGGUUAAUAAGAAGAAUGCCUUAAUAAGACGAAUGAACCAGCUUUCUCUUCUGGAAAAAGAACAUGACCUAGAAAGGCGCUACGAACUGCUGAACCGGGAGCUGAGAGCAAUGCUUGCUAUUGAAGACUGGCAGAAGACGGAGGCACAGAAGAGGCGAGAGCAGCUUUUGCUGGACGAACUCGUUAUUCUCGUUAACAAACGGGACGCGCUGGUCAGGGACCUGGAUGCCCAGGAGAAGCAGGCCGAGGAAGAGGACGAGCAUUUGGAGAGGACCCUCGAGCAAAACAAAGGCAAGAUGGCCAAGAAGGAAGAGAAAUGCAUCCUCCAGUGAGCGGCCUUCCCGCGGCGUUGGCGAAAUCGCAGCGCGGCUCUUUCUUACUGUUUUUAAAAUGCCGAUGUGAGACUGGGAAGACAAAAAAAACCCCCAACAACAACAACAACAACAAAAAGAUGUUUUGGGAAAAAAAAAAAAAGAAUAAAUUUUAAACUUUUUGUCCAUUUUCUUAGGGCAGAUCUAGGCUGCGCCGGGCCCCGCUCCGUUGUUGUUUUGGUUUCCAUUCGCGUUGUACCAUGGUUUUUCUUGUGGGCUCAGCUCUCCUGCCGAAAGGGUUUGAAAUGAAAUCGCCGCCGAGCCCCCCGGGCGUGCGGGCAAGGUGAUGCCAGAGAUGUGCCGAAGGAGCAGAAGAAGUAAAAAGUCUCUCCUAGUUGCUGUAGCUGGAGGAGGGCUGAGUUUUGAAAUAAAUACGUUUUUUGUCGUAAUAGGAUUAGAGAGGGGGAUAUAGGAAAAAAAAAAAGAGAUAAUAAAUCAUUGGGAAUGGUUUCAUCUAGUCCUGCCAUAUGUAAUACUUCAUAAGCUACCUACAUUUUAUAGUUAGGUCAGACCCACCCCAAUUAUUAUUAAAAAUGUGCUGUAUUUACCAGUGUUUUAUUUCAGCAGUUUUCCGUUUCCCCGGGAGUAGAGCUGAGCUGCUCUGGUUUACUCGGGCGGGGGGAGGGGGUCUCCCCCAAAGUUCGUGCAAAGCCCGGGGAGCGGCUGCGAACGUGGCAGAGCCGAGCCCGGGACGGAGCCCGGCCCCCCGGGGCAGCGCGGCGCUUCCCACCCGCGUCCCCCAGUGUCGUGUGUGUCCCCCCCCGCGCCCCCGGGCCGCGCCGCCGCUCCGCGUUAUUUAUUGCGCCCGGGUCGCGUACCCCGUCCCCCCACCCCGCACCCUCUACCCCGCCCUGUCCGUGUGCCCCCACGCGUGUCCUGCGCUCGCAUCGUACCUUCGUGGAGCUCGUCUCGUCUAUUUAUUACAAUACCGAGUCAUAUAUAAGAUUUUCAAUAAAAGCCGAAUCUUUCUUACCGUAA